ACACACAUGUCUAAUCUCGACGAUCGGGGAUCUGGAAUUGCGUCGUCUUCUUCGUCUUCUUUAUUACUCAGCACGCUUCGUUUCAAGCUCUACAUCGCUACCAUCGCCCCCGAGGGGUUAGCGCACACACAGACACACACUUUGCACAAUUUGUUUUCCGUCAGCAGGCCAGUGGCAGCGAUCGUCGCGAGAGCCAAGCAGGAGGGAGCGCCUCAGAGCUCAUCGGACAACACCGGAGAGUUGCGCACCUUCGGCUGUGAAUCGAGUCCGUUUCGAUCAGUUCGGUUUCGCUUGAGGCCGCCGGCGACAUGGCGUUGCAGGUCGGGGCCAGCCUGCACCCUUCGCCUUGGAAUCUCCGCCUCCGUCAUCAACCGCAGCCGCCGCCGCAGCAGCAGCAAGGCCCUGUGAGCUCCAGGGUUGUUGUUGUGUCUCAAGCUCGCCUGAAUGGAGCCGUGGAUCGGAGUGCGUUGAAAUGCCCCGUGUCAAGGAGCUCCUUGUUUGGGCUCGAUGGGGGGAAGAGUGGGAGAUCGCAGUUUCCCGUGUUUUAUGUGAAGGAUGGGGUGUCGAGGAGCGAGGUCGGGGAGAGGGCACUGCUACAGGGGUUGGGGAGGAACGUGUUGAAGGUUAAGAAGGUGGGUUCGGCGAGAGCGAGUGCAAAUGUGACUGCUUCCACCGAUGGUAAGGUCCCAGCCCCGGCGAAGAAAGCGUGGGAGGGAGUGCAGCCCAUACCGUUCGUGUUGUCAGUUGGGGUAGGGCUUGCGUUGCGGUAUCUUGUGAAGAAGCCCGAGGCAGUGACAAUGCAAGCGUGGCAGCUGCUAUCGAUCUUCGCUUCAACGAUCGCGGGGCUGGUGUUGUCUCCUCUCCCAGUGGGAGCAUGGGCGUUUCUGGGAUUGACAGUGGCGGUGGUGACAAAAACCCUGACAUUCGCUGCCGCAUUUGGUGCAUUCACGAACGACGUCAUCUGGCUCAUUGUGAUUUCGUUUUUUUUCGCGAGAGGGUUUGUGAAGACGGGCCUUGGUGACCGCGUUGCGACCUACUUUGUGAAGUGGUUGGGGAAGAGCACCCUGGGCCUGUCUUAUGGGCUUACACUGAGUGAGACUCUGCUGGCACCCGCCAUGCCCAGCACCACGGCUCGAGCAGGAGGGGUAUUCUUGCCAAUUAUUGGAUCGCUAUCGCUCUCCUCGGGCAGUAAGCCUAAAGAUGCUUCUUCUAGCAAGUUGGGAGCAUACCUUGUGAUGACGCAGUUUCAGGCAGCUGGAAACUCGAGUGCCUUGUUUUUGACCGCUGCGGCUCAGAACCUUCUCUGCUUGAAACUGGCGCAAGGGCUUGGAGUGGUGAUUGCAAACCCAUGGGUAUCAUGGUUGAAAGCGGCGAUUGUUCCAGCAUUUAUAGCUCUUGUUACUACCCCACUUAUCCUUUACAAGCUCUACCCCCCAGAAAUCAAGGAUACUCCAGAGGCUCCUACUGCUGCUGAAAAGAAACUGAAAGCAUUGGGACCUAUCACUCAGAAUGAAUGGUCUAUGGUGGCAACGAUGCUGCUCGCUGUCACUCUUUGGGUCUUUGGGGAGACACUCGGUAUUGCUAGUGUGGUUGCCGCCAUGUUGGGGCUCUGCAUCCUCCUAUUGACUGGAGUUUUGAACUGGGAUGACUGCCUCAGCGAGAAGUCUGCCUGGGAUACAUUGACGUGGUUUGCGGUUCUUGUUGGAAUGGCCGGGAACUUAUCCAACCUAGGUCUUGUCAAAUGGAUGUCUGAUUCCGUUGCUGGUGCUCUGGCCUCUUACUCCCUGAGCUGGCCAGCAGCUUUCGGGGUACUCCAAGCCACAUAUUUUCUCUCUCACUAUCUAUUUGCCAGCCAAACUGGACACGUAGGUGCUCUCUACUCGGCUUUCCUUGCAAUGCAUAUCGCCUCAGGAGUUCCCUCGUCUUUGGCUGCCUUAGCACUUGCUUUCAACACCAACCUUUUUGGAGGCCUUACACAUUAUAGCAGUGGCCAAGCUGCAGUGUACUUUGGCUCUGGUUUUGUGGAGCUGAAGGAUGUCUUCAAGUAUGGAGCAAUUAUGGCUGUGUGGAACAUCUUGGUUUGGUCUGUGGCUGGAUCUUUGUGGUGGAAGGCUAUCGGCUUAUAUUAGAUCAUUCAAUCUAUUGUUUUCUGACUGACGCCACUACACGUGAUCGAGUCUUCGAUGGCAAUCACAUUCUUGCUAACUAAUGCGACUAUAGUUGACCACUUGUGUCAACUAUGUAUACUAAGAGCUCCAUAAAUUUUUGUAGAAAUGAACUUAUUUUUGACCAGAAGCAGCAUUAAAGAGCAUGACCUAAUUGAGAGGUGAGUUGAGUGUGUAGAAUUUCCAUUUUAGGCAUCAUUUCACGUUGGUCUGAACUCUGAUUUGGGAGUGUGUUAGAAAGUGGUUGCAGCUGUGGUUAUAUGACAGAGGUCACUUUUUAUUGUUUGGACUCAAUGAGGUGCUGCUCUGCAUCAAGGAUGUAGCAUUAUAAAAACGGCACGACCAUUUUGUACACAAGUUUGGUUGACAAUGCCUUUUUGGA